AUGGGUAACGAACAGUCUACAUCUAAUAGCUUAAGUAGUGAUGGAAUUCCUUUUGUAAGUUGGCAGUGCAGCCCCAAGCAAGAAUCCGUUACAGCUGCUGGAGACAUUGAUGCUAACUUGCACGCACAAAACAGUGUAUCGACUACAAUGACGAGUUACCACUUUGCAGAGCCUUCUAGUUAUCGUUAUGACCGUGUACCACGUGUGGUGACAGGAAAAGUCGUGUAUAUGAUGAAUCCUCCUAAAGCUGACAGAGAGCUUACGAACAAGGCGGAUCUGUUGGGAAACAUUGUGGUCAUUGAGCGAGGUGGUCGCGUCCAUUUUCCAGACAUUGUACGACGUUUGUUGGCUAUUGGUGUCACUGGAAUUGUAUUUAUUGAGAAAACGGAUAACAAGCGUGCGAUUCAAUCGUUAUUUGAUGGUUUUCACUCAUCUGGACGUCAGUCAGUGUCUAUUCCUAUCGUGCUGCUGUCUAAAUACCAUGCAGAUCAAUUGCUACAGGAUAAACCAUCUCAGAUUUCAAUUGAGCUGCUCUGGGGUGAACACGCGUGUAAACGUGUUGUGCCAGACGAUGUAUACUUUGGAAUUCAGACUGCAGCACGUGCUGGGGAUGUGGAAUUGUUGAGACACUUGCUCGAGAUUGAUACUUCAGGAAAUGUCGUGGAUAAUUUCCCAAAGGCAGUAGCGCUGUGUGAUGCUGCUGAACACGGACAUGUGGAUUGCAUUGAGAUUUUACACAGUCUUGGCGUUUCACUCGACGAACAAAAGCCCACAGGUGUGUCGCCGCUUAUGAUGGCUUGUUCCGUCGGCAAUGUAGAAGCAGCGCGAGCUUUAUUAAUGUUUGGUGCGAGUCUUGACUUGGAAGAUGUGCACGGAAUGACUGCGGUGAUGGUCGCUGCUCGUGACGGUCGCGCAAAUUGUGUGAGACUGCUAGUCAAUAAGGGAGCAAGAAUAAACUUGUCCAGGAACCGAAGUUGUGGGACUACAGCACUUCACAUUGCUGCUCGAGGUGGCCUGGAGGAGUGUUGUUCAAUUUUGCUGGAAGGUGGCGCAGAACUUGAGACACAAAGUCCCAAUUCAACCACAGCUCUAAUGGAAGCUGCGCGUGCCGGCAAUCUUGGCUGUAUAAAAUUACUUGUCAAGGCUGGUGCAAGUCUGGUUGCAAAGGAUAGAGACGGAAACACCGCAGAGCAUCUAGCAAGGAUGGCAGGGUACCCUGACAUCGAAGAUUACUUGCGCGAACAAGCUGAAAGUGAAUCCGUUAAAGACCAUCGACGCAAGAUUGAGGAAACUGUUGCCAAGAAGAACUCGACCUUGCAAGAUUUGUUGGAGAUUGCAAAAAGCAGUCAAAUCUCAGUCGACAUUUUAUACCGAGAGAUGAUACGAGACCAGAAGUCGAGUAGCUGGCUGGAGCAACCUCCAAUAAUUUAUGAAGUGUUUCGUCUGCUGACGGUAUCAGUGUCGUCCUCUGAGUCUGGCUUGACGGAUGAUCCUAACUACGGCAAGUACGCUGUCCAGCAUUUUUGCAGCGAGGUUGCAUUGUGGUACUCGCCGAAAAUUUUUCAAAAAGGCAAUAUGCCUGGUGUUACAGUACGACCUAUAAACAACACCGAUGUCUAUGACAUUAAGACUUCAUCUGGGUAUCUCAAGGUACUGUUUAACUUUAUUUGUACUGCGGAUCCCUUGGAUGACGUACUGCUGGUUCUUUUCUGCAAAGUUGUCAACCACUUGAUUGUGAACCAGAGUCUUGGAGGCCUUAUUUGGCGCUUCAUAGCUGAUGAGGGCAAAUCCAUUGUGCCUUGGAUAGUGUGUCAUAUCGGUCUUGAUUCGAUUCGCGACACCAUUGUGUGGCUGUUGUAUUCUGACAUGUCAGAAGCAGGACAGCUUAACGUACAGAAGAGUGGUAUAUUCGACUGUUUGUUUGCUCGCCUGUACUCAUGGCAGCGGACACUAGGAUGGGGUGUGGGAACAGCAUUUCAGCGAGAUUCCGUCGAGAACAUUUGCUCACUGAUAAAUUAUAUUAUUUAUCCUCCCUCUGUGUACAUUAUGAACAAUAUGGCUACUUUUGUAGAGAACACAGACCACUCGUUACCAUUGAUAACGGAUCAGCAUUUUCCUCUCCACCACAACGAGCUGUUCAAGUCGUUGCUGAUAUAUUUACUUAAUACGGCAGAUGUCUCGUUUGGUACAUUGCUUGAUUUGGGGUUUGCGGAGGUCUGCCGACAGAGUACACAGGAUUGCGAAUCUUUGGUUGUCCGCGAAGGCGGUACCCUGUCUAUCGUUAUGAUGAUGAUGAGGACGUUGAAUUAUCACAAGAAAAAGCGUGAUGUUACGGGAAUUGAGGAUCUUUUGAAGACUGUCUACGCAUCGGUGCUGACUCCGCUGAUUCCCCGGGUUGAAAAGUUUGUGAAGCUGUGCCGCGCAGUGGUCACGUCGGACGUUAAGGCGCUUUGCGCAAUUUCCACCUCCCAAAAUCCUGGACAAAUCAAGGCUGUAAGCACUAAGGGAUCUGCGCUUUUGCAUAUCAUCACAUUUCUAAAACGUUGUGUGUUUUUGCAAAGUGGAGAUGUGGAUUACCUGUUGGCUGAUUAUGGCUUAAUGCCGUGCUUACUAGCCUGCUAUGGCUCACACCCUACCAACAGCAUGUUACACCAUGAACUUACAGACGUCAUUAGAUUCGUUUUAAUGGACCCAGAUCAGAAACGCCUACCUUCAUCUCCAUUAUUGAAUAGCCUCUUUAUUGAGGGAGCAAAUAUUCUGGACUUCGUCAUUCGAGCGUACGACGAGCAUGUACAGUACAAGGGCCACAUGACGACUAUUGCAAACAGCAUCUUCACGCUGACAAACACCCCGAACUGCAAGAGUGGAUCGGUUUCGAUCACAUGCCAAGACGUUGUGAGGCAGUACACAUCGCAGCAUGCAAAGUGGGUAAAAUUUGAGCAAAUUCUUGCGGAGCAAAACCGUCUCGAGAUGCUACCGUUGGGUGAGCGUAAUGCGCCGUUGUGUCACGGAUGCUUGAAGCUGAAGCAGAGCGCAAUCGAGUAUGUGUCGACUACGCUGACACAUGCCGGCGUAAACGAAUAUUCUGGCUAUUUGGAGACCAUUUUUUCGGGUGCUGCAAGCCGCUACUGCAAGGUCACUUACACUGACGAGUUCAUUACGGGAUUCAUGUACAAGAAGGACAAGAUUCACGAUCACAUUCCUAUUCCAGAGUCUACACGUGUGAGCUCGUUCAUCCAGUUCCCAGUGCCCAUGCCAUUCCACGCGCUUACGUUCACCAUCACGUUCUUUGGUCUGUGCCAAGUGUGCGAUAAGCUCUGGUACUGUGAUACGCUUCAAAGUGCAAACUGGACAAAUCGCAUGAAGUGGGUCAUCCCUACGUCGGUCCGUAAGUGGUAUAGCUUUGGCGUGACUGAGGGUCCAGGAAGCGGUGCACAUGGCUUACAGUUUACAUCAAAGGGCUACAAAAACUUCAUUGUGCUCACUGACACGUGGGGGCGACAGGAGCAGUGGAUGCAUGCGAUCGAAGGUGCUAUCCGAAGCCUAGCCACUCAAAUGUCUCGAGGAAAUACUGAAAGUGCAAUGGCAAUUGAGAUUGAUAACGAAGUCGACGCGGAAGAGUUUGACGUGCUGCGCAUGCGAGCAGUUACAGAUAGUCUGAAUGGUGCUGGCCCCGUUGGCGCAUCGAGCCUCGCAGGGUCUACUCCGAACAGCGACUCUGGUAGUCGUGUUAUGCGUCUGUUGGAUGAAGACAGUGAAAGUCGCCGCCGGAGCAACACGCUGUCAUCAUCGAUUGGAAGUGAAUCGGAUCCGCCUUCAAGGGAUUUUGAAGACGAAGUUGACCAAAGUAGUGACAACUCAUCACCUAUGCAAGAAUUGACAAUGCCGAGAACGCGACCACUGUCAUCUAUUGAACUAACGUCGAACGAAAACGGCUCAAUGUCAGACCCACGGAGUCAUAAAGCUUCUGGAAGUUCGCGUCGGAACCUUGAUCUAAAGCGCUUUCAGCCGGAUACGCAGAAAUUUGCUGAGAUCCUAGGCAAACUCAAGAUUGGAUCUCCACCUCGUACCAGCAAAGCCCGAAUAUCUGUGAGUACGUCAGGCAGCAUUGCACCAUUUAGUCAAAGGAAUCCUGUGAUUUCCCACAACGGUAUGAAUAGUCGUUCAGCCGCUGAGCUCGGAGGUAUGCGUCAUGUUGUUUCAACCCCGGACCUCACUCGAAUGCAUAGCUAA